AUGGCCGCAGCUGGGAGUGACAGCUAUUCCCAUUUCUAUUCCCCCUACGCACAGCAGAAGUACAGCAACAUCCGCUGUUACUGGGAAACACAACCCAUAGGCUGCAUGAGGAUCAGCUGCGCAUUCCAUCAUAGCAAACCUCGUCAUAUAAAUGGACUUUUUUUGCCACCUAGCAACAAUGCCCCAUUACAACAGGGUGUCCAAGAAGGGAUUCUGCAUCCAGCCCAUCGUCAAGAACCACUCAGAACUCAAGAGACUAUUUUAAGACCAAUUCACCCUCCACUGAUCAUAAACCUCAACGACGAAGAGGAUGAAGAGGACGAUACGGAGCAGGAUGAAGAGACUCGAGAGUAUUACAGGAUUCAGUACCCUCACGAACACCAAUCAACCACAACUGUGUCUUCACCUCGGGAAAAUGAGCCAUUACCCUUGGAAGCUACCGAGCGAGACGUGCAGAAAGAAACAAACCAGACUGAGCUGGUAAAGAACCAUCACGGUAAAGAAGCAAAGGAAGAGAAAUGGAUUUCUGAGAAGCCAAGAAAUUCACCUACUACAGGAACAGGCAAAGGAAUUCACACUUCAGAGCCCAAAGUAAAACCAAGUUACCAACACAGGGGUCAAAGUAAGGAUGAAGAAACUGCUCCUUCCAUGCCUUACGUGAGAGACACUGGAAGAAAGACUUAUUUCGAUUCUUCAGGACCUCGAAGAUCAGCAUAUGUAGUCUACCGUACCGUCACCCAGGAACCAAAGUUCAAUGGAUCGACAGAUGUUUCCAAUUGGGUGCCUAAGACUGCUGCAGAUGUUGAAGAGGAAAGAGCAAUAAAGGACAUAUGCUACAAAUCUGGAGAGUAUUACAGGAUUCCGUACCCUCACGAACACCAAUCAACCACAACUGUGUCUUCACCUCGGGAAAAUGAGCCAUUACCCUUGGAAGCUACCGAGCGAGACGUGCAGAAAGGCAAGUACUUUUCAUCUGCUUGGACAAUGUUUGCCACUUUUUAA